AAGAGAGCGCGAGGGGGGAAGGGGAGAGAAGGGAGAGGGAGCGCCUGGGACUCGAGACGGCGGCAGGUUCAAUUAGCUAAACAAAGAAAUCAUGGCGGAUUGUUUACAUUUGGCAGCGCCCGAGCUGCGCCGACCGCCGGCCCCGAGCCGCCGCGGGCCCCGAGGAGUCGGCCGAGCUGCCCCCGCGCCCUGGCCGGAUGUUUGAAACUAUUUGCUGAAAACAUCUGACUGCCAGGCUAGGAUGUGAUGCUUAAGGGACUUACCAAUUUGGGCUUCUUCCAGGAGCUGAAAACUGAUUACAAAUAUGAAACAGAUUUCACUAUAGGACUUGAACUCUACAUUAAAAAACAACAAGCUCCCCAAAAUAAUUGAAAAAGAUCUUCACCAAAGAGUAGCUGCAAUGUGAAUGGCAGGACGUGAAGCAAGUUAAGAGAGUUGGUGUGGCAGAGCCAGACUUUUUCUGUAUUUGAGGGUCUCAGCAUAUCCUCAGAGUCCUGGAGAACCUGUGCCAAGUACCUGUGUGACCAACAGGAUUCUUAUUGAGCCAUAGUGACCCUUCUCCCUCAUGACUUUAGGCCCUUCACCAUGGCUCUGAUGGUGAAAAAAUUAUCUUAAGCUUGGAAUUAAGUGAUGAAAGGGACCUUGGAAAUUAUCAACUCUAAGCACUUCUUAACAGGAAAAUUGAAAGCAGUUAAGAACCUGCCCCCUGCCGUGCUGAGUUGGAGUUCUUGGUGCCUGGGUGAGUCCCCAAGGCCACUGGUCUUCAGAUCUUUCUUACUUGAGAAGAAUGCCUCCACCUCCUGGCUCUCCCACCAGUGGUACUGCCACCACCACACACCAGCGUACAACACAGAUUGCUGCCCAGCUCCUUGGAGAGGGGCCAGUGCAUUUGUCAGGAAUUGAAAAGUUUUGGAGCCAGUUCGAGGACUUUCUGGUACACAAAGUGUUGGCUGGAAGCAUGAUGUCUGCCUGCAGCACACGUCAGGAUACUGAAUUUAUUAGUGUUUCCUCUUCUCCAGUGCCGGCUUUCCCUGAACCACAUUAUCUUUCUUCCCUUGAUGCCGACUCUUCUUGGAGGCCAAAAAAGAAGUCAACAGGGUUCCCCAAGGUCUCAGAAGGUCACAGAAGAUGGAGGACUAGUGCCCAUAAGGAAAGAAGACGACAUCUAAUAGAUUAUCUCACACAGAGCUGUUGGAAUUACUUCGUGAUGAUUUCAAAGAAAAUUUUCUUCUCCAAACAUUCUUAUCCCAAGAUUUGUCACAUCCAGAGGGUCUUCUGCUGCCUUGCAAGGGGAGACAGCGCAUGCACAUCUGGCCCUUCAUUUCACAGAAGUUGGCAGACAGCUCAGUUAGAGACCAGGAAAGAGUGUUGUCCAGAGUCUUUCAUGCCACAGAAUUUACAGAUAUGCAGUUAUCUUGAGUAUUUAAUGUUCAUGUGUUGUGAGUUCCUCUGGGGUUGAGAAAAGGUAAAAAAAAAACUCAUGCUUGUUCAGUUCCUGUAAGAGGAAAGCAUGAUGACAUGGGAUACUGUGAGCUCUGACCUAUCAGACCACACCCAAUGUCCAGCUCAGGUUGUGGAGACAUUGGCUUUUCUAUAGUUUGUAGCCUAAUUACUUUUGGUCAGUGCAGGUGUUUUAUCCUGUCAAAUACAUCUGCCUAAGAAUGUGUGUGUGUGAAGGAGACAUUGAGACUCUUUAGGAAUGAGGAAAUAGAGGUAACUCAGGGAAAGGAAAUCAUGUAAAGGAAUGACAAAACCUACAGCUCAGGCAUGUUUGUCUCUUUAUCCCUAGCACUUAAACCAGGACCAGAUUCUUUGUGGAAUGUUGCAUAAUUAAAAAUAAUUGCAGAAGACUGUGACUGUGCUG